AUGUUUGGCCCGUUCCGCAUCACGAACCCGCUCUCGGGCGGCCUGCUGUGGAAGAUCCCCUGGCGGCUGUCGCGGUUCCAGAAGCGGCGGCACCGGCUGCGCCUCCGGGCCGUCGAUAGCGUAGUCGCGACGCUCGACGCCGCGCUGGCCAAGAAGGGGCAGACGCUCGAGGCGCUGGAGCGGUGGAAGGCCGAGAUGCCGACCGAGGCGGAGAUGCUGCCGCGGGACAAGUACACCAUGUUUGACCGCAAGGCCAAGAAGUAUCGCAAGGGCAUUCACAUGGACGAGAGUUUCGCAGAGGGUUAA